CGCUGCGAGGCUGUCGAGGAGCCAGCACCGCCACCUGGACAGCGGCGCGAGAAGUGUCUGCGCUCCGCCAGACGUCAGUGCUCCAGAGGCCACAGCAGGACCGCAGGCAUGUCGCGCCACACGUGGACCGCAGCGCUGGUGGCGCUCCUGGCGGCGCUCUCGCGCACCGCCCGGACGAUGGAGCCGGCGGCCGAGGGGCGCCCGGUGCUCCUGCCCGUCCCGGCACGACUGCCCUUCGAGGACUACACGGCGACCAACAGCCUGGGCGACGGGGCGCAGUUCUACGUGGCGGGCGGCCGGGGCAAGGUCUCCGCCAGCCGCGGGAGGAAGCCCUCGGGAGGGUCCCAGCUGCUGCGCUUCCCGGCGAGGUCCAAGCGCUCGUCGCCCUCGCCAGUCGCCGCCUCGGGCCUGGAGGCCGUCGAGGACGUGCUGCCCCGCUGGUCCGGCCUCUCCCGCUCCGACAAGCCGAGGUUCGUCACGUCCAAGGGCGGUCGAGGCAGCAACGCCGCCGCCGCCACGACGUCGACGGCGGUCCGCGACGACGCCAAGCUCGGGGAGGCCGUCGCCGCCGCCAACCCGAGGAGCAACGAGAUCCCGGCGUACGACGCCAGCCGCGACUACCUGUACCGCGACGUGACGCCGGCGGACGACUUCGGCGCGCCGCCUCCCGCUCCCCGGAAGAGGAUCAUCUACUACGCUAACCUCCCCGAGGUGACGCGCCACGGACCGGCGUACGUGACGCGCGGCUACCCCGGGUACCCGCUGGACGUACCCAAGUACCAGCGCGACGGCCGGUACGACUUCGCGCCCGGGCCGAUAGCCGUGUCCAGCGGGGACCGCUUCACGUACGUCCCCGGGGGCCGCAGCACCUACACCAUCGUCGACGCCGACCCGCCAGGGUACUACGACGCGGGUCGCUACGGGAGGGUGCCGGCGCCGUACCAGCCGCUGGCCGGGGGAGGUCGCGGGUACUACCCCGAGGGCCCGAGGUACCGCGAGGCGGUGCUGCGGCCGCAGGCGGGCUACGGCGACGGCCCCUACCGGGACUACAACCCGCGCCAGCCGGCGCCCUGGUCCAUGCAGGUGGGCGCGAGGCUGCUCGUCAACGACGACGGUCGCCCCAUGGCACCGCGGCCCGGCAGCCCUGGCCGGCCCUUCUACGUCGAGAGCCAGCGGUCCGCCUACCCGCAGCGCUUCGCCCGCGCCGAUGACGUCCUGUUGACGUAGCGGUCGCUUCUUCCUAUGUCUGCGGCUCGAACAGUCCUCGCUGUUGGGAGCUGCGGCUUGCGGUGUCGGUCAUGGCUGCGAGGUUUUGGUACUUCUGGCUUGCCUCUGGAACAAGUCUCGGGAAAAGUAUUCCGAUCUUUAGGUAUUGGCCAUUCCGUACUAUACCUAAAGGUGUUUGCAUCAUUUAGGAAACUAUGGAAUCUGCUACAUUUGCUCGUUUCAGGUUUUGAAAUACCCGCACAUAUCUUGUUGCACUCUGACUAAGCUCGUGAUAUAAAUAUAAAUGUACACUGUUUUAAAAUAUGUAAUACUUAAUAUGGGUUAUUUCAAAGUUUUGGAAACAUUACAUUAAUUGUAACGUGCUUACGUGCGUCUCCUACUCAAGCAAGCCUUAUGAACCAAAUUUGAAAUUCCACUUAUUUCUUGGGUUUAACAGCAAAAGUUUUGAAGAAAUGUAAAUUAUCUUUUUCUACGGAUUUUAUUUUUUUCUAGAACUUAAUAAUUUCACUAUGGGUUUGGCUCUUAGUAUUUUACGGUGUGGUGUCGUACGUAUUUAUGAAAUUACUUUUGUUACUUCUGGUAAACUUUGAAGAGAAAAUAUUCAAUCAUUAAUCAAUUGGUUCACGAUAUGGUAUUUCAUAAACUGUGCCCUAAAAUGUAAAAUAAUAGUAAUCGGGCACGUUGCGUCAUUCAUGCAACAGUGCAAACACGUAUGUUUUUUUUUUAAAUAUUCUUAAAAGUAAUUAAUAAUUUAAUUUUUAACAUUGUGACUGGAUAGUAAAAAUAAUUUAUAGAUUUAUUGCUCCUAGAAUGGUAACUACGAAAUAAUUUUAUUGUUUGUUUAAAAACAAUGUUUGUAUGACUGCUGUGAAUAAUUCGUAACAUAUUUUAGCAAUUGAUUUUUAUACAUUUUUUAUAGUCAGAACUUAGAGAAGUGUGUCCAUUAAUAUUUAUCUUACAUACAACUCAUUCUAAUAAUUUGGGACUUUAAAAGUUGUGUGUCCUACCCUGUAAAACUUUACUGUGAGAGUAAAUUUGUGUAAGAUUGAAAAAAAUAUUGAGAGUUUAAUUACGUCUCUAAACUUACCUGUAUGAUUAUUUACUAGACUGUGAAAAUAAAUAAAAAACCGUGUUUCUUUCAGCGUUAAAAUAAAAAUUGGUUAAGAACAUU